GUUUGCAAAACAGGCGCUCCUAAACGGACGGGAAUAUAUGGAAAAUUUACGUUGCAAUUUCUCAGAUUAUGAUUUAGUAUAAUUUUCGCUCAGAUAUGACAGCAAAAUUGCUUCAUGAAUUGGUGCACGAUGCAGCGCGUGCUCAUGGUAAUAAAACAGCUGUCGCGUUCGACAGCAGCAUUGCAGCGCGUGUCUGUUUGACAUAUGAUGAAGUUAUUUCCCUCGCAAAUGAAUUAACUGGACACCUGCGCAUCUCUGUCCAGAAACAUGAUGGUACCAUAGGGUUAUUCUGUCGUGCAGAUGUCCUCCUUCCUGCCUGGAUUGUUGGUAUUCUGCAGUUUCCUGCUGCAUAUGUACCUCUUGAUCCUGCAUCACCACCUUUGUGCAACCUGAGAAUGAUAAACAAGUGCAGGCUGAACUACUGUUUAUUACAAAACGAACUGCUUAAUCAAUUCCAGAGUGCAUUUUCCAACCUGCUAUCCCUGGAAAUAUGUGCAACAUUGUCUUCACAUAGGCUCACUUUGAUAAAAAUACAAAGUGAACAGGACGCAAACGUUCAAAUGUCCGAUCAGCGUUCCAGCUCUGCUAUGACCAAAGACAUCCAACAGAGAGAGCCUUUGGCUUAUGUUUUGCACACAUCCGGAACAACAGGGCUUCCAAAAAUAGUGAAGGUCCCACACAGGUGUAUUGUGCCUAAUAUUACACAUUUAAGAUCUGUCUUUAAGAUGACUGCAGAAGAUGUUGUAUUACUGUCCUCUCCAUUAACUUUUGACCCCUCUGUGGUGGAGGUGUUUUUGGCCCUGUCCUCGGGAGCGUGUCUCCUAAUUGUCCCCUCAGCUGUUAAAAAGAUGCCACGCAGACUUGCAAAUGUGCUGUUUAAACGAAACAAAACAACAGUCUUACAGGCCACUCCCACUCUUGUGAGGCGCUUUGGAAGGCGUAUCCUUCAGGAGGAGGUGCUUAGUGCUUAUUCACCCUUGAGGUUAUUGGCUUUUGGAGGAGAGCCAUGUCCAUCUCCAAGUCUUCUCAAGAGCUGGAGACAGGAAGGCAAUGGCACACACAUCUGUAAUCUUUACGGUACCACAGAAGUUUCUUGCUGGGCAAGCUGUUACAAAGUCCCAGACAAACACCUGUGCUUGGAGGACAUAACUGAUCAAUUUGUGCCCCUUGGAGAGCCAAUGUUGGAUACCGUAAUGGAGGUGAGAGAUGAGACAGGACGUCUCGUCACUGAAGGAGAAGGACAGCUGUUCAUUGGUGGUCAAGAGAGGGUGUGUCUGCUUGAUGAUGAAGAAACUGUAGUCGAGGGAACAAUGCGUGCUACAGGUGACUGGGUGCAGGUGCGUGAUUCCCAUUUGUAUUUCCUGGGCAGGAAGGAUCGGCUCAUCAAACGCUUUGGUCAGAGGGUACACCUAGAUGCCUUGCAGCAGAUCAUUGAGAAUUUGCCUCAGGUGGAGGCGUGUGCAGUGAGCCUGAGUGAGGGUGACAGGCUACUGGCAUUUAUAGUGCUCACAUCGAGUCAACCAGGAACCCUUUCAUCCUCUGAAUUUCCUCAUCAAAAACCUUUCCAACAUCCUACACAGUCCUCUGAAGACCUCACCACUGUCGACGUCUCAAGAAACUCCCCCUCCCCCUCACUCAAAGUUAUUAAAGGAGAGAUUCGCCAGAGGUUAUCACAGCUUUUGGCCAAUCACAGCAUCCCAGACAUGAUAUUCUUCAUUCCCGCUCUUCCACUCACCUCUCAUGGUAAAAUAGCCAUUGACGAAUUGAUGAGGAUGUGUGACACUCAAAAACAAGAUAUAAAUACACAAACUGUAUGGAAAGACAUUGAAUCUGUGAGAAUGAAGUUACAGACCCUAUGGAAGGAAUGUCUUGGCCUGCCAAAUGAUGUGGCGGUUGAGGAAGAUGCACACUUCAUGUUAAGUGGAGGAGACUCCCUUCAGGCCCUGCGUCUCUGUGAUGAGAUCACUGUUGCCAUGGGGACAACCUCUGUGGGCCUGCUGGAGGUCAUAUUAGAUGGCUCUUUCUCAGAUGUGGUUAGCCACGUCAUGACAGAAACGCAUAGCAAUGCAAUCCAGCCAUCAAAGAAGAGAAUGCUGGAUUAUUCAGGCUCUUUAGUUUCACCCAAAAGACAACAGAAGGAAAUGAGCACAGUGAAUGCUACAGAAAGCACAGUGGGUUUUGUAGUUCCCUCAGUGAGAAGGACUAUGGGAUUUGUAGUUGUGAGACGAGCUGGUGAGGUUAUUGAUUGGGGUUGUUUUCGGAAAAUGCAAGAGAAAAACAUCUCAGAUGCACUAGGAACAUACGGGAGUAAGCUUACGGUGACAAGUACUUCUGAAGACAGUUUAAUAUCUAAUCCCUCACACAAACUUCAUAAUAUAGCUCAGGAAAAUCCUGCUAUUAAAAAGAUCACAGAACCCCAUUUUCCUCAAGAAGUUACUGAGACGUUACCUGUCAGUAAGAGCCCAGGUGAAGGUUCAGGGGAAGACCGUUCCAAUGUCCUGCUGCUGGGCCUGCGGGUCCUCUGGAGCUCAGACACAGGCAGGUGUGUGGACGCCUCUCCAGUGCUGCUGGUGGGUCCUGACAGGACCACCGUGUUCAUUGGCUCUCACUCGCACAGACUGCAGGCUCUUGACCUGUCCAAUGGAGAGGUCAUCUGGGAGCGUAUCCUCGGAGAUCGACUGGAGUCUUCAGCUGCCAUUUCCAAAUGUGGAAGCCUUGUAGCAGUUGGCUGUUAUGACAGACAGAUAUAUUUCCUGAAUGUUUCCUGUGGGGAGACUGUGUGGACGUUUGAGACUGGGGAUGUGGUGAAAAGUUCCCCUACUGUAGACCCUAAAACUGGGCUGAUGUUCACAGGGUCGCAUGAUGGCUUUGUUUAUGCAUUAGACCCACUGGCUAAGACUUGUAUAUGGCAGCACUAUUGUGGUGGAGGUGCAGUAUUUUCAUCCCCUUGCAUCCACUCGUCUCCUAGACAGUUAUACUGUAGUACUCUGGGAGGGAAUCUACACUGUCUUGAUCCAGACAGUGGAAAACUCUUGUGGACAUAUUCCAGCAGUGUCCCGUUUUUCUCAUCUCCUCGCUGCUCUGAUUCCUCUGUCUUCAUUGGUUCAGUAAAUGGACAAAUUAUUGGAAUAAGCCAUACUGGAGAUACGUUAUGGGAAUUCUCCACUAAAGGACCAAUCUUCUCAUCGCCAUGCAUUUCCUCUUUGACAUUUUGGACUAAUCAGCAGGUUUCUACAACACCCAGCAGAAGCACAUCAACAUUAUCCAGUCACACAGUUACAUGUGGGUCACAUGACGGUCAUUUAUACUGUGUAAAUGGUGAUAACGGAUCAUUACUGUGGCAGUUCCAGACCACAGGCAAGGUGUUCUCAUCUCCCUUUGUGUUUGAUGGUGAUCCAUGGGGUUUGAGAACACUAGUGGCUGUGUGCUCCACUGAUGGAAACGUGUGGAUUUUAGAUGGAGAAACCGGCUCACUGAAGGCCACCUUGUCUUUGCCAGGCGAGCUUUUUUCCUCUCCUGUCGUAUGGGGGCAUAAGAUAGUGGUGGGAUGUCGCAAUGAUUAUGUUUACUGUCUAGAACUGGCCAAGCAGUGAUUAAUCACAACAUGCA